CUCUCUCUCUCUCUCUCUCUCUCUCUUUAUUUGAUUCGUAUCUUUUGGUUGAAGGCGUACAGAGGACCGGGCCUGCACACCCCACACCAGGUUUUGGCUCUUCUUAGUGGCAUCAUUUUGGGCUGAACUGAAAGACUAAGGAUUUUGAAAUUCUCGAGGAAGGAAAUUAAUUCAGAGGGAACUGAGGGACUGGUAACAUGAGUGAAGGAGAGAGGUUUCAGCUUGGAACAGUUGGGGCUCUGAGUUUAUCAGUGGUUUCUUCGGUUUCAAUUGUCAUAUGUAACAAGGCAUUGAUCAGCACACUCGGAUUUACUUUUGCUACAACUUUGACCAGCUGGCAUCUACUAGUGACAUUCUGUUCUCUUCAUGUGGCGUUAUGGAUGAGACUUUUCGAACACAAGCCUUUUGAUGCACGGGCUGUUAUGGGGUUUGGCAUACUUAAUGGGAUCUCUAUUGGGCUUCUAAAUCUCAGUUUGGGUUUUAACUCUGUUGGCUUCUAUCAGAUGACAAAGCUAGCAAUCAUUCCAUGCACUGUUCUCUUGGAGACCAUCUUCUUCCGAAAAAAAUUUAGUCGGAGUAUUCAACUGUCUCUUACCAUCCUUCUGUUAGGAGUUGGCAUUGCAACUGUGACUGAUUUGCAGCUCAAUGCUUUGGGUUCUGUCUUAUCGCUUCUUGCAGUUGUCACGACAUGUGUUGCGCAAAUUAUGACCAACACAAUACAGAAGAGGUUCAAGGUCUCAUCAACACAACUAUUGUACCAAUCUUGCCCAUAUCAAGCAAUGACAUUAUUCAUCAUCGGUCCAUUCUUGGAUGGACUUUUGACGAACCAAAAUGUUUUUGCCUUUAAGUACACACCUCAAGUUCUGGUUUUCAUUGUUCUAUCUUGCUUGAUCUCAGUCUCUGUCAACUUUAGUACAUUUUUGGUGAUUGGCAAGACGUCACCGGUUACAUAUCAAGUCCUUGGGCAUCUGAAGACAUGCUUGGUUUUGGCUUUUGGUUAUGUUUUGCUUCAUGAUCCAUUUAGCUGGCGUAAUAUUCUGGGGAUUCUGAUUGCUUUGGUGGGGAUGGUCUUGUAUUCCUACUUGUGUACUCUUGAGAGCCAGCAAAAAGCAAGUGAGGCAGCCCCACAAUUGUCACCGGCCAAGGAAAGUGAAACUGAUCCCCUCAUAAAUGUGGAAAAUGGAGCUGGCAUAAUCGUUGAUGCUGUUGGUGCAAAAUCUCCAGUUUGGAGCUCUAACAAAGACCUCCAUGCAUAAUCCUCGCUCACCAUCUGUAAUCAGGGUGUCUCAUGGGCAUUAUUAGCCGGAUAUAGCCAUUACAUGGGCAUGUAAUUGAUGAUAUUGGCAGAUGAAUAUCGAUGUUGAGGAUGUCAUUGGCAACAUCAACAACAGCAUCAGUGUUGUAGCAACAAUUCAUCGCAGCCCAAAAGUUCCAUUUGAAAAGCUAGUUAUUAAUGAAAAGUAGUCUUCUUAGCACUGUGGCUCUCAUUUCCUAAAGCCAAGCCUCUUGAGCGUGAUACUGGUCUGUGUGUUAGCACAUCCUGACCUUUGAUUUUUGAUCUGGGCUGUUGAACUCUUUCAGUGACAUGCGUAAUUCUUAAUAUUACUUUUCAAAAAAGGUAACUCUGAAUAUUGGGGGCGGUCUUUCUUCAUACCUUGUAUUUGUGUUUUCUCUGCAUAAGCAGCCAUGAGACAUUAUUGGUAAAUGAAAUAUUGAUCUUUCAAUAUGUUGAAUAGCUUCUGAAUGUAUAUCUUAAGAUUAGAUGUU